CUUGAAACAUCUGCUCCGGCCUACAGGGCUGCUAGAGGGCUGCUAAGGGCCAGUAUGGUGGGCAACGGCUUUGGAAGCUCAGAAUCGGGAAUCGAAACUGCGCUGGGUUCCAUGCAGCAAGAGCCCGCACCCGCCAGGUCUCCCGGGCCUCAGGAGGACCCCGCACUGCCCGACUCGCCCACUAUGCCGCCCCCGGGGUCCCCCUCCGAGGGCCACCAGUCCAGCCUCAGCCCCAGCCGCAGCUCCAACCCCACGGAGCAAAUCGCAGAGGAGGAAUUCCAGUUUCUGCGCUGCCAGGACUGCAAGGCAGAAGCCAAGUGCCCCAAGCUGCUGCCUUGUCUACACACGCUUUGCUCAGGAUGCCUGGAGGUGGCGGGUGUGCAGUGCCCCAUCUGCCAGACGCCCAGGUCCCCGGGUGCUAACGCGCCGGCCCUGGAUAACGUCUUCUUCGAGAGUCUGCAGCGGCGCCUGUCGAUAUACCGGCAGAUUGUGAGCGUCUGUGCAGCCUGCACCCGCUGCAAAGAGCCCGCCGACUUCUGGUGUUUCGAGUGCGAGCAGCUCAUCUGCACCAAGUGCUUUGAGGCGCACCAGUGGUUUGUGAAGCACGAGGCCCGACCCCUGGCGGAUCUCCGCGGCCAGUCGGUGCAUGAGUUCCUGGACUGCUCCCGGAGGUCCAACAACAUCUUCUGCUCCAACUCCAAGCACCACACCCCUGAGCUGACUAGCAUCUACUGCCGGGGCUGCUGCAAGCCGCUCUGCUGCUCGUGCGCACUCCUGGACACAGGCCAUACCGAGCUCAAGUGCGACAUCCAUGCUGAGAUCCAGCAGCGGCAGGAGGAGCUGGCUGCUAUGACGCAUGCGCUACAGGAGCAGGAGAGCGCCUUCGGUGCGGCGCAUGCGCAGAUUCGCUCGGCCCUCUGCCAGCUGGACCGCGCACGCGCAGACACCGAGGAGCUGAUUCGAGCGCGCGUGCUCCAGGUGGUAGCGCACGUGAAGGCGCGGGAGGAGGAGCUGCUUGAGAGCCUGAAAGCGCGGUACCGGAGUGACUCUGAGGAGAUGACUAGCCGCCUGGGCCACCUGGAUGGCGUGCUGCAACGCAUUCGCAUGGGUGGUGCGCUCGUGGAGAGAAUGAAGCGCUAUGCCUCAGAGCAGGAGGUGCUGGACAUGCACGGCUUUCUACGUGAGGCGCUCCACCGCCUGCGCCAGGAGGAACCCCAGAGCCUGCAAGCCCCCGUGCCCACUGACGGCUUCAACGAGUUCAAGGUGCGCCUGCAGGAUCUCAUAUCUUGCACCACCGAGGGGACAGAUGCAGCUUUACCCAAGAGAGCCAGCCCAGAGGCCGCCAGGACUCCGAGGAACUCUUUUGACGUUGACCUGCCAGAGGAAGCACAGAGGGCUCAGGCGCAGGUCCUGGGGCUGAGUGAGGCCCAGCCAGUGGCUGUGGUACAGCAGGAGCCCGGUGCACACCCUGUGCCGGUGUACGCGUUCUCCAUCAAAGAUACUUCCUACGGAGAGGAGGACUCCAGCCCACCCCGAUCCCAGAAGAGGAAGUCCUGCCAGACCGAGGGCCCCAGGAAAAUCAUCAAGAUGGAGUCUGAGGAGGAGAAAGAGGCAAGGCUGGCCCAGAGCUUCCCUGAGCAGCCCAGGCCCAGCACCUCAAAAGCCGUCUCGCCACCCCGUCUGGAUGGGUCCCCCAGCCCUGAGAGCCCCGUCGUUGGAAACGAGGCCCUCCUGCCAAACAGCAACCACGUGACCAGUGAGCCUGGAGAGGCAGAGGAGCGAAUUGUGGUGAUCAGCAGCUCGGAAGACUCAGAUGGAGAGGACUCGGUGAGUGGCCCAGCAGUUCGGCCCAGGACUCCUGCCUCCCCCCAUUCCAGGCCCCAGGGGGCACAGCCUCAGCAGCCUGUGGAGCCGACGGAGAUGGCUGCGCCACCCUCCUCGCCAGCCCACCCUCUGCUGAGAGCACGAGGAGCACCCUGCCCCAGCCGGGCCUCCCGUCGGCCCCGCCACAAGUGCUGCCCCACCGCCUGGCCUCCCCACCAUCCUGCUGAGCAAGCCGACGCCCCUGAAGCUCAGCCUCCCAGCCUGCUCGCCGGACACGAGGAACAUGUCACCACCAUCCACCGUGGGAUCUGCUUCCCAGUGCACAGAGCACAGAGAGGCAGCUGCCUUCGCCAGCCCUGGGGCUUUCCCUUCAGAGUGUAUUGUGCCCCGGUGUGGACUCCUGCUGUCCUUGCAGCCCCAGCCACCACUCCUGCCACCUCAGGUCCUCCCAACCAUUCGGCCCUGUCCCAGGAGGCUCCCACCCUCCUCCAAAGGGCCAGCUGCCAAUCCCGCCGGGCUCGAGGAGGGCGGCCCCGCGGCCGCUCAUACCGGGGUUCCCAAAUCACCCAGUGGAUCAACCACUUUUUUUCCCUCCCUGUCUCCUCAGUGGCUUCCCAGUUUGGUGCCUCUGCUGGGGGUGCUGAGGAGGGAGGGAGGGUACCCCAGAUUCUCGGGGCAGGAGUUCUCCUUAGGGAUUCUAACAGAACCCCUGUGGAGGAUCCCCAAGUCUGACCCCCUCUGGAAGCCUCUCCAGUUGCAUUCCCAUCAUCCCUUCGGAGAGGCCCUCACCAGCCCAGGCCCAGGCCCCCCUCAGGUGAGCUCUCUGAGAGCGCUGAAGGCCCUCGUCCUUUGCUGCUGUUGCAAUCAUCGUCUUAUAACUGGCCAAACACCUCUGUCCUGGUCCCUGCGUCUCCUUCUCCAGGUCUGGCCAUGCUCCUAGAGGCCCUGUACAUAGUGGGCAUUCGAUAAAUAUUGGUCACUGAAUGACUGAGGGACCUCUGGGCAGGGACACAUGGGUCCCUUCAGGCUGAGAGGGGGAGGGUGAGAUUCAGACCCUGAUUCUCACACCCCAGGGUCUCUCUGCCCAAGAAGGAAGUUCUCCAGCUGUUUGUGCCCUCCUGUGUUUUCAGCCGACCCCCUCCCCACUGAUAGUAUAUCCUCUGUCACCCCAUACCCCACCUGAAGCCUUUCCAUUAGGCAUCUGCCAGGAUCUGAGUCCAUGACGGCAGGGACUCUGCUUGCCCUGUGAGUUGGCAGACAUGGCUGCUCAAUAAAUAUCUGUUGAAAUAUCAACCUUGCGAACCCUCAUUCCAUGGCCACCCCGGUCCCUGAUGGACUUACCUCUCCCCACAGGGUGUUUCUGUCUCCUGCCUUGAGAGGAUUCUCCUCUGAGAUCCUGUAUCCACUCUUCCUCCCACACCUGUGAGCACCUGAGGUGGGCGGUGGACUCGAGGCCCUCCUUGCCGCAUGGACUGUUAUGUCUCCACCAUUAGAUCAGAUCCCCCCAGCCUCGGAGGCUCCAGCCAUUGGAUGUACCCUACUCUACCCAGUCAUCUCACCUCCCCCUCAUGUAGGGGAGACUCUGGCCCCUGCCUCCAGGCUGCUUCUCCCUAUCCAAGUCCUGCCUUCUUCCUGGGUGACUUUGACACCAACAACUCCUUGUCUUCUCAGGGGUCUUCACCCCACUCUACUUAAGCUGCCAACUCCAUGAUCGCCUCCUGGGCAUCACCAUCACAGAGAACUGUCCAUCUUUACAAUGUCCCUCUCAGACCUCCAACUGCUCACAGCCUCCUGUUUUCGUACCCUCCAUCCUUUACUUGCAGGACCUUGGUUCUUUGUUCUUCUUGGGUGCUGCAGCCUCUCUGCUCUCUGCCUCCACCUCCUGUCUUCACCUCUCGAGUCAGCUAAGUCCACCAUUUCAGCCCAUCUUUCAUCAGGAUCUGACCUCCUCCUUUCUCCCUGCCCUUUCCAUUAGUCCUGCCUCCUCUGUGCUGCCACCUGGAGGCCGAACUCUGUUAGAAAAAAGUCACACCUCUAGGAAAACUACAAAUGCUUGCUUCUAACCUGUCCAGUCCCUUGGUACUGUGAACAAUCUCAGGUGUCCUGCCUCAGUGCACUCUUCUGCUCAUGCAGCAGCCCCUCCGCACCUCCGCUUGCCUCACUCUGGUCGCUCAUUCUGACCCUGGUAGGCAGGUGACCAAAUCUCCUGCUUCAGAGAUAAGACGGGAGCCCUUGGUUGGGACGGAACUGUCGAUAUCCUGCUACCCCGUUACAGACUGACGUGCCCCACCGCAUCCUCCCCUUAUCCUUUCUGUUAGGGUGGAGGAGGGGCCGCCCCACCUCUGUCUUGUUUCACCCCCUUGGGGCCCUCACCCCAUCUGCUCAUCCUCAUCUCUCACGCAUCUUCCAGUGCUCCUACUUCCUCCUGAACUGCAGCUGCACUAGGCAUUUUUUAGAUGCACGUUUUAAGACUUAACCGUUGCAGGAGUCCCAAACUUCUUAAAAACAAUGCUUUAAAACAAAUUUGGUCCCUGGGUGGCAGUUUGCUCACAGCUACUAACCGAAAGGUUGGUGGUUCGAACCCACCCAGUGCUGCCACAAAGAAAGGACUGGUGAUCUGCUUCUGUAAAGAUUACAGCCAAGGAAACCCUAUGGAGCAGUUCUACUCUGUAACACAUGGGGUUGCCAUGAGUGGAACUGACUCGAAGGCAAUGAGUUUGUUUCUGUGUAUCCCUCCGUCCCACUGGGGCCCCUACAGCCCCUGCAGCACCCCCCUCCCCCCCGCAAACUCCUACUCCCUGCUUAAAGGGCCGGGCGGUGUUUGCAGGGUGCUCCAGCUCCCACAUAGCCCCGUCCUCUCCCUGCCUGUGGCCUUCAGCCAACCUCCCAGUGAGUGAACGUGGCAAAAUAUGGCCGGCUAAGGUCAGUUUCCGAGUGUACCAGGGCAUGUAGAGACCUACCUGCUGGGCCUCGGCUGUGUCUGUGGCCGGAAUCCAGGCAUGUCUGGGGGCUCAAGCGCAGGCCUGCAGAGUCUGCGAAACUGCUAGAGCCAGGAGGUGCUUUCUGUGAAAUGCCUUGGCUGUGCUAGAAGAGGCGGUGAACCGAAGAGUGGGCCAUAGAUGGAGCUGAGCUCAGGGGUGGACUGGCGAGCCCUAGACCCAACUGUGGGGCUUGGGUGAGGACUGUGCUUACAACCUGCGAGGGUGGGUCAGCAACGUCUCUGCCAUGGGGCUCCCAUUUCAGCCCCCAAAGCAGAAAAGAUAGGUGUUCUCACACACCUUCCCCACAGGGUGACUGGCUCUAGCACCUCGGCAGCAGCAGGACCCAGUGGAAGCAGGAGGGCCUGGCCAGCGUGGUAGCCAGAUGGCAGAAGUGGCAGUGGUGACCAGAUGAAGGGAGGUCUGUGUGCACAGGCCUACCUAGGGCGUGCGGCACAGGCAGGGCACGCCCUGGGCGCUGUGUGAGCACAGGUGCCCAUGCUCUGGGUGCUGCUUGAGGAGAGGGGCUAAUGAGCAGUUUCUAUUGGUCAUCACAGUUUCCCUCGCCAGCUGAGAGAGAUCACUCAGCAAUUUAACACUAAUUGCCCUAGGUGGAGCUCUGGUAGUGCAGUGGUUAAGAGCGCAGGCUACCAACCAAAAGGUUGGUAGUUCCAAUCUACCAGUUGCUACUUGAAAACUAUGGGGGCAGUUCUACUCUGUCCUUUAGGGUCUCUAUGAGUCUGCCUGUGGGGAGCAGCUGAUGGGGAAGGGAGCCGUGGUGCUGGUGAGUGUCCGUCACCCUCCUUCCACGGCCCCCUCCUCAGGGAGGCUGGUGGGAGCUGUGUUCCCUGAGGGUAGCAGUGCCCUGCCCAGGGGCCAGAGCAGUGGACAGACAGGCAGUAGAGGCCACAGGCUAGCUAACAGAAUGGUCCAGUUCAUGGAUACAUAGGAGCUAUCUCCAGGGCCUUCCAGACUUUGCAAGAGCUGGGGUUUCAUGUCUGUGAAAAACAGUGAUGCAUUUGUUUUGCUAAACUGAUCCCAGUCGUGGCUGCAGCUUGGUGACAGAGAAAGUUCCUUAGGAGUUUGGGGUUCUUGAUGAGCAUUACUGCUGGAGACUGGCUAUUUCCACGUGAUUGGAUGCUGUCCGGAAACCUUGGUGGUUUAGAGUUUAAGGGUUACAUCUGCUAACCAAAAUGUCAGCAGUUCGAAUCCACUAGGCGUUCUUUGGAAAGUCAGUGGGGCAAUUCUACUCUGUACUACAGGGUCAUUAUGAGUCAGAAUGAACUCAACAGCAAUGGGUUUUUGUGUGUGUGUGUGUUUGGAUGCUGUCCAUCAAAGAGUCUGGCUCAUGUCUGGUUGACUGAUGACCAAGCAUGGAGCGAGUCAGUAAUUAGGAAAGUGGCUCUCACCCCUGGGCAGUUUGAACAACUCUGCCUUCCUGGGCACAGCCUGGGCAUUGAGAUUUGUUAAAGCCACUAAUGCACAACCAGAGGAGAGGCACUCGGAAUCGGGGGUUCAGCUGCACAUCUGUGCCAGAGGAAUGCUGCUCACAAGUGGGGGUGACAUGUCCAUACUGGGGUAUGAUACAGCUGGGGACAAGAGAGGCUAGGUCUUCACAGAUAAGCUCUCUAGACUUUUGGAAGGUGGUGAAAAUGUCAGCCCAGCUACCUCCUACGAGUGCCCUGGUUAGGUUUCCUGUGCUGAGUCGGAAUGCACUUGACCUGCUCGGGCCCUGAGAUCUGUGAUGGCGAUCAGUGAAAUAGAACUUGUGAACCAGAUUGCCUGGGUAUCCUAGUAGCACGUGUAUCCUGGAAAAUUCCUGGAUCCCAUAAGGUUCAGUCUGAGCACAGUUUUGCAUUCAAAGAAACACCGUCCAUUAACCAAGUAUAAUAAAAAUAAAUUCCAGUAUUGCAUCUUUUGAAGAAUAUUAAAGGGAAUCCAACUCAUAACCUACUGCCAAAAAAAAAAAAACCCAAAACAAA